UUUCUGGAAGCUGUGCGUCAUGACGUCAACGGGAGCACGUGGGUUUGUUAUUACAGGAAGUAAAGAUGGCGGUUCCGACGUUACUAUCAGAGUCUGUAAUCGGAUGGUCAAUUUUCACCGUUAUACUUCUGGUAAUUCUGGUAUUCUGCUGGAUCUACAUUCGGAAGUUUCAGAGCCGACAGGAUAGCGAAGUCGUUUCGACCAUCACAGCAAUAUGUGCGCUGGCCAUUGCUUUGAUAACAUCUGCGCUUCUACCGGUGGACAUAUUCCUCGUUUCAUUCAUGAAGUAUCCCAACGGCACCUACAAGGAGUGGGCAACAAGCAAUGAGACAAGAGGACAAAUUGAAGCAACUGUAUUGUAUGGAUAUUACACUCUCUACUCCAUUAUACUGUUCUGUGUCUUCCUAUGGAUUCCCUUUGUUUACUUCUACUAUGAAGAAAAGGAUGACAACAACACAAACAGGUGCUUGCAGGUGAAAAACGCUCUGAAGUACACCGUUGGAUUUGUCAUUGUCUGCGUGGUGCUCCUUUUAAUUGGAACAUUCAUUCCUAUUCAGGCCCCACCCAAUCAAAAUUCAACCCAGUGGCAGAAGAUGCAAUACCUGUUUGAAGAGCUUGGCAGCAGUCACGGUCUGCCAGCUUUAUCUUUCUCCAUCAGCUCCUUGACCCUAAUUGGCAUGUUAGCAGUCAUCACGUACACGGCAUAUGGAAUGUCUGUCAUGCCUUUGAAUCUGAUAAAAGGCACACGCAGUGUCGUAUAUGAACGCCUGGAGAACACAGAGGACAUUGAUGAAGUUGAGCAUCAGAUAGAAAAUCUGAAAUCCAAGUGUAAAGAUGGACGUCCUCUGUCUUCAAAGGACAGACGCAACCUGGAGGAGCUAGAGAACAAACUCCAGCUCCUCCGACGCCGGGGGAGACACCUGGACAUUGCAGAGAGGAACUGCUGCACCAAACUUGGCACUGCUCUCAGACCUCUAAAGAUCAUACUGGGUGUUUUCAUCAUCCUGGUUGCUCUGCUUUUCAUCGUUGCCCUGUUUAUUUCAAAUUUGGAUAAAGCCCUCCACUCUGCGGGAAUCAGUUACGGAUUCAUAAUCUUUGGCACCAACCUAACAAAUCCGCUGAAUGAACUUCUACUUGCCUUACAGCCUGUUUUUCCACUGGAUUACAUCCUGAUUACGGUCAUCACCAUGUACUUUGUGCUCACGUCCAUGGCUGGCAUACGCAACCUGGGCAUCUGGUUCUUCUGGAUAAAACUGUACAAAAUCCGCCCGAAGAGAACUUGUCCCCAGGCUCUUCUCUUCCUCUGCAUGAUCCUUCUCCUGAUUGUCCUACACACCAGCUACAUGAUCUACAGUCUGGCCCCACAGUAUGUCAUGUAUGGCAGCCAGAAAUAUCUUGUACCGAGUCCGGCGUCCUCAACAGGAUCUCUGUCUGGAAACGGCACCACGAGGACAUGUGACGCAGAUGCACCCGAGGGACUGCAGGUAUCCAGGGUCAGGAGAGGCUUUACCUGGUGGUCCUCCUGGGAGAGAGGCCUUCUACUGUCAUCAUGUUAAUGUUAUUUAGCUGCUUGAUAUUUGAACACAUUUAUUAAAACAAAUACUAAUAACUUUCUGGUCAUUGAUUUUAUCACCAGUUUUAUUAUUACAGAUGUUUUUGAACAUGUUACAUGAACAGAAGAUGAAAAGAUGGUAAGGAGACACGAUUAUUUAUAAUAGGUUACACUUAUUUACAGAUCAAAACCAGUAUGGACCAGUUUUGUACGGUUAAAGCAGGAUUAACCUGAGUGACUCUUCCUGGAUCAUUUAUUUAAACUGAGUGAGCAGGAAGUCUUUAACAGUGCAGCUGGAUCUGCUGCAGGAGGAUCCAGACGUGGAUGGAGGGCUGAUGCAGACCUGUGGCUGGACGUUUCUGGCCAGAGGAACAUCAUACAGGACGGUCUGCAGAGAGAGCUUUGGGACGCUUCCUCUCACUGUCCACUCCAUUGUCCAUCUACAGGGCCUGCUGGGCUGUCUCAGAUGACGGCUGUUACAUCUCUAAGAUGUAUUCAGAAAUAUGAAAUGAGGAGAUGGUUUAUGGAUCCACUGGUAUAACAAUUGUGACUCUUCAGCAAAUAAAACCACAGUGUUGUUAUUAAUAGAGGUUCCUACAGAAAUGACUUGCCUGUUAACAGUAAUGGUGGUUUGCUGGUACCUCCUCCAGGACAGAGCACCACUGGCCUCCUCCACACACAUCUUCCUCAGGCUCAUCCUCCAGACCCACAACUUCACCAGCACCGAGGCAGAAGUGCAGCACAGUGCAUGCUGACCUGUAAUUGAUUAAAAAAGAGGAUUUUUUAAAUUGAAAAAUGUAAAACAAAACAUAACCUGCAGUACACUGGUUCUGUUCAGUUUAAAGAAAAGCAGCAGGGAAAACUACAGAGAAUUUACAUUUUUAAGACAGAUCUAAUCAUUAUUAAGCUUAAGUUGAAUAAACAAAUGCACAUUGAAAACACUUCAAUGCUAUUGUAUUAAAAAGCCUAUUUUUUAAAAUGUUUUACCCCCAUUUGAUGCGAAAUAAGAAGUUCUAAGGUCCAAUUUACAUUAGAAAACAUCCUACUGCAUUCAACAUUUAUAAUGCAUUUGGUUUAUAUUAAUUACCUACAUGAUAAUACUCAGUAGUAAUGUGUUGUGUGUGUUUAACCAGUUCAUUCUGUAGCUUAAAACAUACAUUAAACCAUCUAAAGUUAACAUGUAAGUCCUGAAAGCUUCUAUAAUAAACAAAGUUACUUUACCUGACAACAGUUGUGAACAAACGCUGCUGAUGGACAUGAAGCUGCUGUAGCUCCUUAAUAUUCCUGCUCAAUUUUCGCUAGCUUUAGCAUUUUUCCUUUGCGUGUAGCUGCCGCCACGGCUGUGACAGGACCUACGGGUCACUGUAGAGGUGAUGGCUAGACUGUCCGAAUUCAGAGCCGCUGGGUUCCGGUCUUAGCGGGCUAGCAAGGACCCGGCCUUGCUAGCCCGGCGAGGACCCGUACUCAUACGCAUCCUGCCUGUGGAUUCAGACACACCCAAAAUGUCAAGCACAUCAGACUCCCUUUCAUCACUGGCAACAGGCCAAGAGGUAAACGUGUAAAACAGCAUUUUUGAGUGGCGAAAGUUUAGUAACUGCUUGCUACCAAUCAGUAAAUGUAUUUUGUCCUCAUAGGCUCACAUAGAAGGAAACAUAGCAUCUAAUAUGGGGUCCCCCAGAGACAUAGGGUGUUUCUCAAUGCCAAGGAACCUUGCCUUCAUGCCUUGGCCCCGCCCUGGUUGCCUAGGAGAUAUGUCAUUGGGAGCCGCCAAGACGUGUUCCAAUGUUCAUGUUCUACCGAGGCGUGUGUUCUCAGUUUGUUAGCCAUUUAGCUAGCUGAGCAAAGAUACAUGGGAGGUGCCUUGUAGCCUAGUCUUGGUCAAAAUUUACCCAGAAUACAUCGCGGUAUUUUCAAAAAGACGGCAGGUCAGAAGCCGGCAGCUACUUCAGGGACAAUUUUCAAGUUUAAAAGUAAGUCAACUUAUUGAAAAUGUUUAUUUUAGAUCCAAAGAAGUUAUCUAUGGUUGGUUAGUUGCUUAGUAGUUGUAGCUUCGGUGGCUAGCGGGUAGUAACUCAAUUAUAGUUUUAAUUUAAUAAAAAUAUACACAAUUUAAAAAGUAAAAGGCUCGUUAUAUAUUUAUAUUGAAACUAAUACAUAUAAAAUAUAACAUUGUCUCCCAUGUCAUGUGACGGUACAUGAUGGUCACGUGAUGCGGUCACGUGAUGCAAGUCUGUUCCAUUUAACAGGGUUUUUUUUUUUUACCAAGGAAGGACAGUGUCCUCGUAAGCAAGGCGCCUGGCCUCGCAAGACAUCGCCUCGCAAGGCCAGACGCCUUGACAUUGAGAAACACCCUUAGACCCGCUCUCUUGUAUUUUAUACCCAAUUUUUAUGGUUUAUGUUCAGAAGCUGCCAAUAUUUUUUAACAACUGUGCAUCAUUUAAUUCACAUUUUGAUAGAUACUUCCAGACAUUCAUGGUAAAAACUACACAUUGUCACUGUAAUGUGUUUUAAGGUGUCCUUAUAGUUAUAUAUGUUUUUAUGUACGGCACUUUGUGUGGCGUUGUUGUAAAUUUAAGGUGCAAAUGUGCUGCGGUAUGGCAUUUAAAUGAACUCUUACGCCGGGGACACACCAGCCGCGGAAUCGCCGAGAAGCGCGAAGAAGCGAAUCGCUCACGAAAUUCGGCCACUGCUCGCCGCUCCUCAGUUCAGAUCAGACGCGCCCCAGUCGAGGCUUGCAGUUUUUCUUUUAAACACUUGGUGUCCUCCAUUUACUCUCUGCCUUUUCUCAGCUCUUUUCCUCUACGUUUGAGUGUGUGUGUGUGUGUGUGUGUGUGUGUGUGUGUGUGUGUGUGUGUGUUUGUGUGUGUGUGUGUGUGUGUGUGUGUGUGUGUGUGUGUGUGUGUGUGUGUGUGUGUGUGUGUGUGUGUGUGUGUGUGAACCUAUGGUAUGAGUUGUUUCUGCCAGUUGAAUCUCUUGGAACCCGCUCCAAUUCUGCAGCUGUAUCCUAGCAGUUUCUUCCUAAAUGUUUUUCGGGGGUCGUACAGCUCCUUGUGUUUCUCAACUUCCAUAAUUAAUUUAAAGCCAUCCAUCUUAACUGCUUGCCUCAGACUUUCUGCCUCUCUGUCCUGUUUGCUCCGGUGAAAAGACUCCCAAAACCACACACCCCUUCACGUGGUCACACACGCACACAAGUUCGAUGUGUGUUUAUGUGUGUGCGUGUUCGUGUGGUUUUUCUGCAGUGUCUGAUUACGAACACAUUUGACUAUUGCGGAAUUUUAUUUUGAAAUGCUUUAUUUUGUUAACUUUACCGGCCUGCCUCUUAUGUCUAGGUUUGACUUCCUGCCAGAAUUGACGCGGUUCACCUGCGGCUCGCGAAAAAAAUAGAGCCGACGCCGAAAUGAUCGCUGCACGGCGCGGGCUGGAGCGCCGGUGCGCGCCGGCGCGAGGCGAUUCGCGGCGCUUUGGCGGCCCAUGUGGUCUAUAGAAUAGCUUAACAAGGGCGCCGAAUGAAGGCGGUCCCAUUUUCGCGGCGCUUCCGCGGCCAGUGUGUCCCUGGCGUUAGUGUGAGAAUCUUAUGUGGUUUCGUAUUCAUGCUAAAGUUAGAAAUGUGCACAAAGCACACAUUUUUCUAAAAGGACUCUGCAUUUACUGCAAUUCCAAAUGAAACACUACAUUUAGGGAUGUCCAAUAUUAUUGACCAAGUUUGACAUUAAAAUGUAAUAUCCAAAAUUAUCUGUAUCGGUUUUUACUUUUUUAAUUAAACAACUUUUACAUACCAUGACAGGAUAUAUCGGAUGGGAAUAUUUUCUAAUAUAGCUGAAAUAUUCCCACACAGGAGACUUCUACCGCUCCGUAGGCGGAAAUGGAGCAGUUCCGAUGGUUGUUGUCACUGGUUCUGUUUCUGCUGCAUGCGCAGGUUCAGUUUCACUUUUGGUUUUGUCUGUGCUGGUCACGCUAUUGUCUUUUUGUUUUUUAUAGGCAUGUUGGAGACGUUUUUACGGGAAGUUAACAGCGGUUAAUAGUCAGACUGGUUAAUACCAGAAACCCUAGUUUAGACUAUAAUGGAUAUUGGCAAAAUACUCAAUAUCCCUUGCUGAAUUAUAUACACAGUAAUCAUUUUGGUUAUUUUUAUACUAUUUUGUUAUGAGGUUGCAUUUAUUGCAUCUAUUGCUGUCAGCAGAUGGCAGUAGUACCACUAUUGUCAUGUACAGACAGAAGAAAAGUGAAAGAUUUACCGUAAUGUGUCUGUUUUACAUAAUUAUUUAGAGAAGGUUGUGGGAUUAAAUUGCCAAUUACGCAUCAGAGUAAAAGUUAGAUGAAGUUGUGUGUUUUGCAUGAAAGUCCUUCAGGUUUUUUGGCGCAUUGAUCGGUUUGUAGGACAUUCAACGGCAUCUUUUGGAUCUGAUCCCUAGGGCUGUGGCAUUCUGAAGAUGGUGUUGCCACUCAACCAGCAGGAUUUCUAAUUUCUCUUUUGAUCAGCUCAGUAAAAAAGAUCCUUUUAACCAUCUUUGAAUUAGCUUCUGCUUUCACAACAACUGUUGUACCACCUACCAUGAGUAGGAGGAAGUGUCAAGCUGAGGUAAAACAUGCAACUGAGAGGGAACACAAUCGCUAAUCAGCUGAUGCUGUGUACAUGUAACAGGAUUUUAUUUAGGUAGAAAACAAAAUUAACUUUUUUUUCUCUACGUUUAAAUACAGCUCAUUUUUUCAGUAGAAGAGAGGACUUUGAUCUGCUAAAAUAUUCAGUGUUGCAGCGAAACAGUGGAUGAGCUGGAUGCUAAUAGGCAGAUCGUCUGCUUUUAUUUGUUAUACAGAAGUGUUGCAACUCUAUAUUUUGGAGUAAAUACUGGUUAAAAUAACAAUAGUUUUCAUAAUUUUUAUCAAACCAAUUCAUAUUUCUUAAUUCUAAAUUCGUUCUGUUUGUCCAAUUAUUACAGGAUAACAAAAUCAAAUCUUGAGAAAAUAUUAAAAUAGAAUAAAUAAAGAAGCCACUCAGAAGUUCAGGAAGUCAGACCUCCCUGUUGGAGAAGACAUACUGUCCUCUGGUCAGCUCUCACUUUGUAAUUGAAGUGUUUUUCGAGAGGAACCGUGCCUUUCCUGUGAAGUUGAUGAACAGAGGGAGGCAACAGGGCCAGAGACCAAAAACUGUGAUUAAGACAUCAGUCUGAGCAGAAAGUCACAAAAGCCCUCAUCUCCUCCAGGAUCUGAUGUUAUAGGCAGAAUAAAUAUGUUUUAUUUAAAGUUUUUCUGUUCAUAACAUGGGUCUGAAAUCUAUAUAUGACCUCAGUAAUAUAUGAACACAGCUCUACUCUGGAAAUGCUUUACUGAAAUGGCAAGUCGUGGGUCUCCUUUGAAAUAACCUAAACACUCGACAAACCUUUUCUUUGGAGGUUUCUUUCAUCUUGGAAAAGGCAAAACCACAUUUUCUGGUCUGUAGAGAUUUUCCUCAAGGUUGAGGUGUUUUUAUGGUGUGAUCCGGCGGGUCAUCCAGUUGGCUGUAAUAUUUCCAGAAAGAGACUACUGACAAUUCUCGUUUUGUCAUUUCCUGCUUUUGUCUGCCUUGGGUUCUCAGCUGUAUAUUUUUCCAUGAUUACUGAAUUAGACAUAGAACUGGAAAGAUUAUUCUGUUAAUGGAUCCAAAGUAGUUUCUCCUUUUAGAAUGAUUGACAUUUUUUAAAUGCCACUUAGAUUUUUCUGUGUUCUUACUCGGAGUCUUGACAUGUUUCCUGCCCCGCAUAGUUUGUAAUUUUACAUAAUGAACUGUAAGACUUAUAGACGUGUGUGCUUUCUUAAACCUUUGAUGUGUGAUCUAAACAAAUGCUUCUCAAAUACCUUGGGUGGAAUAAGAUGGGUUCUGCAAACACAACAAAAGACUGUUGUUUGUUUAUGUAAAUGAAAUACCUGACUUUUAAUGUUUUGCUAAAUUAGCAAUGUGCUCCAAAAAUAUGUUUUUGCUUUGCUGUGAAAUGAGUCUAAUUUGAUAACACUGUUGUAAUGGAUUUAAGAUGAAAUCUUGAAAACCUUACAAGGUUUCAUUCAUUGAGAAAUUGUGUAAUACUUUUUUAAUACAAUCAGUCGCUCUGAGUUGCAAAUGCAUGCUGAAUGUUGACUCUUUCUUCAACCCCUUUCACCUGCGUUAGCUGCAGAAAGAGACGAGAAAACGGGUGGGCAAGAAAACGCCAGUCUACGCCACAGGAAAAAUUAGUAAUAAUAACAAUAAUAAACUUUAUUUAUAAGUGCAUUUCAAGACUCUCAAGGUCGCUGAACACAAAAUGUAAACAUAAGUACCACAGUUUAAAAAUGAUGUAAACAAAUCAAUUCUGGGAUGAAAAUGAAGCCAACAGGGAUGGGGCCAAAUUGCAGUUCCAUCCUCAUCCUCUAGGGGCUGGCACCAGACGAGAGCAAAUCCUCAUUUACUCCCUUAUUAAAAAGGCCAAUUUCACAGCAGAAAUAAACAUGUUUACAGCCUGGUUCAAACAACCAUUAAUAGAUCUAGUUUACAUUAAUGGCAACUCUGAGGGGUGGGGGGGUGAGUGUUUUUGCCACUCUUCUGUUUAAGUGGAAUUAAACGCAUACAAUUCAGAAUAAUUAAUGAGCAUUAGAGCCACAUGAGCUAGCUCUGGGGAAAGGUCUCAGCCUGAGCCUCGGUCUAGUGUUGAUAGGUGUUCGGCCAUUUCGACUCUCUGAACUUCAGUUGUGUCUGUGUAUUUGUGUUUGUGUUUGGAUGUUAAUCAUGGAAUUAUUUGGACACAAAGGGCAAGCUGUGGUUAUUGACUGUGCUAACAGAUCAUCCAAGCAGUUUCUGCUUCUUUUUAUCAUUAAGUAAAAUUAUAUUUCUGUACUUUAUUUAGCUGAUUGAGUGGGGGAAGUGCUGUGUCAUGUAACGUCUUGGUCAAACAUGUUAGUGGGGCUGCUUGAGCGGGUGCUGCUACUGUCUCCUGCUGGGGAACGGCAGGCGGCUGGCUGUUCCCGUUUCUCGGGGCAGCCGGGACUCGCGGACUCGGAUUCGAGGCUGUAGUCAUGCAGGACAUGUGGAUCUCUGAGGGAGACCACAGAAACACCACAGCUCUUUUAAUUGGCACUGCUUCAAUUUUGAGUAGCUCAGCUGCAUUUUUCUCGCUGAUUGUUUGCUGGUUGAAUGAGGGAAAAUUCUAUACGUUUAUCAUAACACAGCUUGGUCCUUCAAGUGGAUGCUCCCUGAGACGGGACCAUCGACAACAGCGGACUCGCAUAUCUUUGACCGCGGUGGAGCAGCGAAGCCCGACGUCAGCUUACUUAAUUAGGAUUUAGUUACUAAGCAGGCUGAAGGUGCCUUCAUUCAAGAGUUGCUCUACCACAUUUUUCUUGCUUAAAAACGCCCAGAAAAGCUGUUAUCUGUGGGUUAGCAUGUAGCUAAUGUCCCACUGAUCUCUGACCGUGGAGCAUGAGUUUUUGUAAAAAGCCACUGUGCCCAGCUACAAUCGCAGCAGUCUGAGGCUCAGCUUGUAAUUCAGCAGUCCCAGUCCAUCUUGUCUUGGCGCUGCGGUAUUAGCUCACAGGAGACACACGCCCCACAACCCUUCACGCACUAAUGGUAAACAGUAGUUACGUCCCUCCUUUCUUUGUUUUGAAAGGAGAAAAACUGGCAAUCCCCGCUGCCAGCUGGAUAUGAAAGAUGUUUCAGUAUAGCCUUCCUUCCACAGUGACUGAAACUUCAGACUCCUUUGGGAUUUUCUCACUGUAGAAGUCUCAAAAUAUCCUUACAUACUGCACCUUUAACAAGAACAGAGGCAAUAUUCUGGUCGACCAUUACAUCAACUCUCACACAAGCCCAGGAGGGGUAUAAUGUUGUAAUACGUAUGGGGCUCUGACACACGAGGGUGAAUUUCAAGCUGGUGACUGAUUGGCCAGCUGGACACUGUCAGGUAAUGACACCAACAUCUUGGCAAGCAGGUGCUCUGUGCCAAAAUCUCCAUUAUCUACUGUAAGGUCAUUGCCAUACCAUCAGUCAUUUAUUCAGCAUAGUGGAAAUUAAUUCUCAGAAACCGGCUGACACGGCCCCAGACAACCUCAAUCUUGAAGUCCUUGUAUUUGAUGAAGAGCAUAUCUGGUUUCAGGGAAAUAACUGACAGCAUCAACUCUUGGUUGUUCAAUAUAGUUUGUGUUGCAGAGUAUUGAUGCUGAAUUAAUCUCAGUCAAUUUAAUCAUAUAUUAACUGUAUUUAUGUUAUUAACUGCUGCAAUAGCCAGUAUGCCCACGCUCAGUUUGAUGGAGUCACUAAGGCUGAGUGUAACUAAAAGAACCAAAGAUAGUUGUUCUGGCUAAUUAAUUUUCUAGUGAAACAACUUUUGCCAGAAGGAAGCAUUCUCCAUAUCAAUAAACCUAACCACAGGUUUUGGUUUGGACCCAGUAGCUCAGUCCACUAAAAGCACCCUAUGGUUCUGGGCUCCGCUCUAUUGUCUUGAUCGUUUGUACAUAUGUGUGAUGCGUGUCUGAGACAUCCCUUUUGACAGCUGAAGCAAAAUUUUGUCAAUGAUCCAUUGCCCACUUCUAACCCUGGAAGAAAUAUUGACUCAGAGUGAUGAAAAUUUUUAAUACACAGGAGUAUUUUCACACUAUAGACAGCAGUCUGUUUCCUAGCAACUUGCCAGUUUCCACAGAGUUGUUUUUAGAGAGCUUCAGGGGAGAAGAUGGUCACAAUGUUAUGCUUUGCCUCUGAGAUGUCAGGUGCCCAAGCAAUUUUCAACAUGAGGCUUCCUGAAGCCCAGCAGAAAUUAAUAGUAAUUUUCUUCGCAGCAAGAGAAUCAUUAUCAAUUUGCAUGACAAUAGAAAAUGUCAGUCAAACUGUUUUCUCCUAAAGAGAAAGUUCCCAUCUUGUUAUCUACUGACAACUGUUGCUUUUGACAGAAAUGUUCCUUUUAAAAAGGAAUAACUCACCGCUUUUAGAGUCCAUUUAAAUCUGUGAUCAAGAUGGAUUUCUGUAAGGUCUAAUUCAAAUCUACUGAUUUCGAAAUUAUGCUUUAUGUGAACUACAGAGAAAAUCUUGAGGCACCAAUAAAAUUUUCAACUCUGUUUUGACAAUAUAGAAAGAUGUUUUUUCUUUAGUCCAAAAAACAAAACAACAUGUCAGAUAAUCUAUAGUCGGCCGUUAUUUUUCCAGCUUUGUCAGAAAUGCAAAACAAGGUAGAUGCGACUAACCCACGUAGAUUCCACCAUUUGAUACAGUUGAGAAACUGAUUUUAUUGCAUCUGGUUUCUAAUAAAACAUGGUUAUACUUUUAAACUAACGUGUAUUUAUUUGUGUUUCUAUAUUUAUCGUUACAAACUCAUCAUUUUAUGGUAACGUAAACGGGGCAAAAUAUAAUGCAAUCAUUUGUGUGACAGUUAUGUUUCAGUUAAGACUUUACAUUAACAAUAUGUUAAAGUGGCACUAGGGGGCAGUACAUACCAUAUCACUGUGACUGUUGCUAGUUUAAAAAACAUUACGGUAAAUUUUGUUACCUGUGGAGCAGAAAGCAUGCAGCCUCGGCGUGACUCCUCUGACUUUGAUGGUCCUCCAGGUAAUUACAUCAAGAGAAUGCAUUGCUGAUACAAGUUUUCUUGUGCUGUAGUUUCCGGAUCUGUUUGUGGUCCUGCACCAUGCCGAUGACGUCAUCACCACUACUACUACUACGGCAAUACCACUCAGCCAAAAUAUGUUGCAUCUCUUUUUCGAUUCUGUUCUUUUAGAACAGUUUUGUUAUUGAUAUCAUGUUUCUUACUACCUAAAUAUUUUCAAACAUGGUAAUGUAAUUCCGUAAGGCAUACAUCCAGCCAACCCUUAGGACCCCAAGCCGGCCAGAAAGAAACAUAGCGUCUAAUAUGGCGUCCCCCCCCCCCCCCCCCCCCAAAGAUCCUAGACUCGCACCCAAUCUACUUUAGACCCGAUUUUUAUGGUUAUAUGUUAUGGAGCCGCCAAUAUUUUUCAAUGACUUGGAAUCAUUUUAUUAAUGUAGCAACAUUUUGAUGGAUAUUUCCAGAGAUUGAAGGUAAAACCACACAUUGCCACUUUAAAGCAUGCAGAUGUUUGAUUCUAAAGCUUGGUUUAUGCUUGACGCGUCCGCGAGGUUCGCACGGCUCCACGAGGCAAAAUUGUGUCAUUUUAACAACCACGCCCCUCCACUGCGCCUCUGCACGGCCCAAAGUUUCCGCACCUUGCACCUAGGAAAUUUUGUAACCACGCGGACGGUCGGACGCGGAAAAACAUGGCGGACUGGCAAGAACUAGUAUGGCAGAGGUUUGUAAAUACAGACAGUUGUAUGAUUCAGCUCUCAGAGAUCACCGUGAUCAACAUGUUGUUAAUAAUUCUUGGAGAGAAAUAGCUCGCACUGUCGGAAAAGACGAGGGUUCUGUUAAAAAUGCUGGAAUGUCAUGUUGUAAACAACAGUAAUUUCUACUUCUACUAUGGUGUAGUGUUGGAUGUAUGCCGUAGAGCUCCAUGCUGCCCCGUUCAGUUUGGGAGAAUAUUGGCUCACCGCAGAGACAAGCCUCAUGAACCAUAAACGCUGCGAGUUGUGAAGCGCGUUCCAUCCGCGAGCCGCAUCACCAAGCGGAAAGUAAAUGUGUCAAGCUUCAACCAAGCUUAAGGCAUUUACAUCAAGCCCAUCUAGUGCUCAUUAUUUUUAACAUCCGUAUAAAUUUUGUCAAACAAGACAUUUUGGACAUUGCUAUUCAUUUUACCAUCUUAAUAAAACUGCUGCCACAGUCAGAAGAAAAACAAAGGAUUUAGGAAAAUAAGUAGCUGCAAAUGCUGCUAAUCGAAUAGAGUUCAAUAACCCAAGGCAACUCUUAGGUGAGCAAAGAUUUUAGUAGUUUGAUGAGCUAGGAUUCAUAAUACCAGUGAGAUAUGUCAACUAUAAUAAGCAUAAAGCAUUGAGGUAGCUGACCUUCUUUGCUAAAUGAUCAAAAUCAUGCAGUGACUGAGUCUACUAGUUAGAGCCAAAUGUGAGGCCUAAUUUAAAGUUUGGCUAAAAAUUCAGUCAUGCCACAGGAAAAGAUUACAAGCAUUGCAGCAAAUGUCCAACAAGACCUUUGAAAGAAGUUAACGCAAGGGACAGCAGAAGGUUAGGACGUAGAGUGGGUUGUCCAGUAGUUGGAAGGUUGCAGGUUUGAUCCCAGUCUCUGACCAGAGAAUGCUUCUGUUGUGUCCUUGGGCAAGGCACUUAAAGAGCAAGUAACACCUAAAUUAACUUUUUUUUUUUUUUUUGCUGAUAACCAGUAUAGACGAGUGUCUAAUGAUGCUGUACACAUGUGUAAUCAUUAGUGUGGCAGUUUAGUGCAACUUACUUUAAAUUUAAUUAUCAGCCCAAAACCGUAAUUAUAUCUCCCUCUUCAGGUUAAAACUCUGCUCCACAUUUAUGUAGAACCAGCUGUGGCUGAUGGCUAAGCUGAAAAGCGUGACGUUGUCAGCAAAGUACUACAUGUUUGCACUGCACUGAUCUCCAGGUGAGGCAGUCACACCUCCACCUGGCUCAGCCAAUCACCUGCCGAUCUGACACAUCAGCGCUCUGAGCCGCUCGCCUCCUUGAAAAAAAUGCCCUCCUCCCCUUUUCAUCUAAUGAUCGCGUUUAACAGCAAAUCCUCCAGAAUGCUGCAGAAUCUUUGUCUGAUGUUCUCCUGAGUAGUAAGUCUUGUGUGAGUGUGUGCUUAUGUGCACGGGCUUGCUUUCAACUCGUUUAUAGAUUGAUAAACUCCGACAGCACACGUGGGGCGGUUGAAGGCGGUGCUGUCUAUCACUGCCUCAGUGCCGCUCUCUCGGUCCGCCAGGCGACGCCUCUUUCAGAAGUGUUUUCCUAACAGGAAGUGUGGAUGAAAUAUGACUCUACCGAUGCAUUGACCCUCACUUUAACCUGCCUUGCCUGCUGGUGGAGGGACAGGUGGCGCCUGUGUUCGGCAGCCUGCCUCUGUCAGUGCGCCCCAGGGCAGCUGUGGCUACAUCAUAGCUCAUCAUCACCAGCGUGUGAAUGUGUGAAUGACUGAUUGUGUUGUGAAGCACCUUGGGGGGCUGUAGAACCCUAAGAAGGUGCUAUACAAAUACAGGUCGAUUACAUUUACCAUAAAUGUUUAAAUGACCCAACCAGACUCCAGACAUCAGUUCACUUCAGUAGAUUUAAUAACAAGUGUCCACAACAGUCCACCACAGUAAUAUUAAGGCACGUGGUUAAGUACUUCACAAUAAAAUACAGAACAAAAAGAGGGUUAUGUUUAUUGGCUCAGAUUUAUUAAACUAAUUAUGUGAUGUUUGUGUACUUUAAAUAUAAAAUCUGUUGAAUUGACUUAGUUUAAAGACCAGGUGUUGACCUUUUUUCCUGUAGAAGUGUAUUCCUAGAUAUGGUAGCUCUAACUUUUUUCAAUGAUUGCAUGUUCCUUUAGAUGUUAUUUCAUUUUCUCAUAAUCCCAACAGUGUUGGGAAAACAAGACCUUCAUUUUAGAAAUAUGUGGCUGUCUCCCUCCCUUUUCCUCCUGCUGUGAUCAGAGGUUUUUGGUGAGGUCAAACCAUGGUAGUUAUUGCUUUGUAUGUUGGUGUGUGUGUGUGUGUGUGUGUGUGUGUGUGUGUGUGUGUGUGUGUGUGUGUGUGUGUGUGUGUCUGUGUGUGUCUAGAGGUUUUGAGUACUGCACAAAUGGAUUCUUCACUUGAGAAGAGAUGCUUUCUGUGAACUUUCAUGACCAGCACUAAAAUGAGAAGCCAGAUAUUUUAAAAAUAUUUUCACUGAAGGAACAUCAGCAUCCUCAGAGGACACUCGAAUAAAAGUGCUUUAGUGCGUUUUAUAUCGAGACACAGCAGAAGCGCGCUGAGUUGGUACCAGAGAUCUUUCAGCAGGAACACUAUGUGCUUGUACACGUGGACGUGGAGAUAAAAGAUAUACAUAAUUCAUCGUGCUACAUGGGGCAGUACUCUAACCCCGGUAUCAUGAGUCAAGGUGAAAUUACCUUCACUCGCACGCUGCCUUGUGCUUUUAUCAAACAACCGUAAUGAUUCCAAGAUGAGGCUGGUCAGUUUUGUACAUGAUAAUAUAUUUAGGCAGACCACUGUUGUGAACCAUCUGUAGGUCUCCCUCUGAGCCCGGUGGUUCAGUCAAGCAGCUGGAGAGCUACAGAUGGCUGAGGGAAAGGGUGGAAGGAGUGGAGUCAGGGGACCAGAGAAAGACGUUUUAUCUGUUGAUCCUGGGACUUAAAAGGUUCUCAUCCAUAUAAUCAUUGUUGUAAAUUAAAUAGGCCAGUUAUUGAUGUAUUUUUUUUAUAAAUUCAGCCCUCUGGUGGGACAAGCUUUUGGCUCUAAUAGAUCAAAUCUGAACUUCGGUGAAAUAUUACUGUGGACCUUGAUGUCAUGUAGCGUCAUCAGUGUGACUUCAGUGCUUGUGGGGUCCAAGUCGGUGUGAAGAGCUGUGUUCGAAACAGUGUGAUAGGAGCAACUCAGCGGGGUCAGAGUUAAUGCUCCAGAUGGCUCUCAAAUAAAGCCAGACAGCACAUUUGGUCCUCACUUCAUAUUCCUGGCUUUCCUUUCUUGCUUUUUUCUGUUAAACUUAAUCAGAAAUGUCCUCACAUUUUUGUCAACACUUUUAUGGAAAGUGUGCAAUGAGUCAUUGACAUGGAACCAGAGGUGAGGUGUUUAUUAAUUUUCUUCCUACAAAAACAAUCAGAUUGUUGAUGACAAAGUCAGACAUUGCCUGUUGCAGAUCAUUGGCACUUUCCUCUUUUUGAGGUCAUCAGCAUUUCUCCUGCCUGCCAAUAUUCAUUCACACAGAUAAAGGUGAAUGAGUCAGCUCAAGACUUAGUGUUCCUCCUGCUUCCAGCAGUCGGAUCAAUAGCUGUAUCAGCUUUCUCAAAAACACGAGCGUUGGCUCACAGGUGAUGCAUUAAGUCAAGAAUACUACUCUUAAUUUUUGUACAUUUUGGGGAUUUUAUUAGAGUUUAUGUCAACCUUUGAAUGUUUGGGCUUUUGUUGGAUAUCUGGCUUUACUUUUUGUUUAAUUGCAAUUGAGGGUUUCUAGAACAACUUGUUUUCAUUUAACCCUUUAUGUAGCAUAUAUGGAACUUUGCUGGGGCUCAAAAUGGCCCAACAAAGACUCAAACACAACCCCAUAGUAAAGUCCUACCAUGAAAAGACUAGUUUAAUCCCACUCAGUUAGCCAGUACGUGAAUAUUAAAUGAGCUGCAUGCUGAUUGGCUGGUUUACGCAGAUGUCAUAAUGAAAACUCUACUCGGAUAACAUUUGGGAAGCUGUGGAUCUAUCUGGCAUUCAACAGCGCAUGAUUGAACCACAACAUUAGCAGUAGCUUAGGCCAGCAUUAGCAUUAGCGGUAUCUUUGGCUAGUGUUAGCGGUAGCUCAUGCUAGUGUUGCUCUGCAAUUAGCAUAACUGCAUCCAACAUCUAUAUAUUGCUGACUAGGGCUGCGCAAUAUUAGGAAAACCUACGAUAUUCGAUAACAGUGAUUAAUAUUGUGAUGACGAUAUUACUCGCGAUAAACAAAAACUUAACUCGGGAACAAAAAUAAUCAAAAACAAAGAAAUAAAAAAAAAUCAUAAACAUGAGAAAAGCUAAAUAUGUGAGGAAAGGGAAAAGAAAAUGAACAAGAAAAGGCCAUCAGUGGAUCCCGGGAAAAGCAGAAUCAGCAGAAAGAGCAGAACUAAGCUAACUCAGGUGUUUGCUAACCAUCAAAAUUAGGUGCCACCCGCCUCGGGGGGCGGGACUCUGACCUAUGAGAACCCACCCACUUGGCCAAAUGGGUGAAGAGCUCUGUUUGAUGUGUUAAAAAAACAUCAUGCUUCCGUUUAACUGACAGCAUGCAUCAUGUGUAGCAAACAUUUGAGCUGACCAUUCAUUACGAUAUUUAUCUGAUCUUUGCGAUAUGCAUAUUGUGCAUGCUGAUAUCGCGAUAACGAUAUAUUUACGAUAUAUUGUGCAGCCCUAUUGCUGACGUUAAAUUGGAUUGGGUCAAGCAAAUAUAAGGGGCUGUGUCUAAGCUUACGUCAUGUUUCUCAGACCAAACGAGUUCUCCGUGGCCAUUACAGCAUUACUAAUUCACGUGGGAAAGCAGGUUGGAGGUAACUUUUAACCCUGGUAAAUUAGAAACCCCAAGCUUCCUUCAAAAUUUUUAAAUGCUGUUUUGAAUUCUAGGACCCCAUUAAAAUGCAUCACCCUCCACUGGAUUUCUGCAAUUCACAUAGACACAGAGCUUUUUAUACUGUCACAUAUUGAACAAUAAGCUAAUCCAAAUUAAAUGAGAAUUCUAUAUCAUAAUUUGCAUUAAUCUACAGAUAUUUUAAAACCAGUGUAUAAAAAGAUUUCUUUCUUAUUACCUUUUUAGAAAAUAGUUUUUAAAUAGUGUGCAAAACAGACGUGCACCACCGUCUGCUCAGCUGCAACGAGCUGAGAGUAUUUUUAAUGGUGACUCUUUUAGACAAACAUGACAACACCAUUUCUAAAUAAAUGUAGCUAAUUCCUCUGCAUCUCUUUCUGUUGUACAUAAAAUAUCGGCUCAAUUAUGUACUAUUUUUGCUUAGAUUAUUCUGCUUCAUUGUGAUGUUGGUUAGUGAUUAUGGCUUAAAACAUUCUCUAAAACACACACACACACACACACACACACACACUCGGAGAACAUUUGUGUUGCAAGGCAGGCAGAUUUCUGAGCAUCUUUGGGAACUUGACACAGUUCCUGUGUGAAUUUAGUAGAUCACUCGCAUCUGUUGUUUCCCAAACAGACGUCAUGAGACUGGCCCUUUUUGUAACUCAGAAUAGUUCUUUAUUGCAGAUUCAAUGUUCCGGAUCCUCACAGAAGCUUUUUGUCCUUUAUAACUUUUGUCAUAAAGACAUCUUAUGUUCUCAGAGGAUGUAUAAAAUAGUCAUUAGAGCUUUACGGCAACACAUUUUGAUAAAUGUAGUCCAGAACUUUGUAUAAACUCAUUGUGUUCUCAAAAAAUCUAAACUAAAGCUUCUUGAUACAUUUUGUUACCGUAGUUCUUGUAAAAUAACACAUGCUUUGUGUGAAAAUUUUUGAAUAUUUAAUUUAAAAUAGAACAUUUCUUAUUCUGUUUUCAUGUUAAAAAUAUUUUUCCUCAUGAAUAAAUUAUAAAAUAUCAUUAUUCGCUGAUGGUGUAAUAGCUAAAUGUAUUGCUACUAUGCACUGCACCAUUUAUUUUCUACCUUUACGUAAAAAAUAUUUCAGAACCUCAUAAGUUUCUGUGUCUAACAUACAAUUAAGACAAGACGGCUUUAUUUAAAUAGCACUUUUCCUACACAGAGGCAAGAACAGACAAACACACACAAAAAUGAACAAUGGCAUUACUCUGAAGACUAAAACUAGAAAACUAACAAAAUAUCAGUACAACACUGAGUAGUGAAAAUGACUGAGUAGUGAAAAUGUGAAUAUAGUAUAUUUGUAGUAAUGUAGUGUGUGAAAACACUGAUUAAACUAAAAGUGUAAGGUGAGUAAAACUAAGGUAAAACUACAAAAUACAUUGAGGACUAAAACUAGAAAACUAACAGGAUAUCAGUGAGACAUUGUAGAAGACUAAGAGUGGCUGGAGACUAGUGGUGGUUUAAUUAGGUAAGAAGGCUAACCCGGAAUUACAAUGAACAACAAAAAAUCAACUGGGAAUGACCAGUAUGGCCUUAAGUCUAUUUACAAUCUGAACUAUGUUCACUAACGAUAUUUAUCGUAAUACGUUUUCUGUCUAAAAUGUUUUUUUUGAACAUUCUCACACUCGUUGCAGCAGAAUGAAGACUCAAAAAUAUAGAAUGCAGAACAUUUAAUGUGGAAAAAGGUGCAUUAAGAUUUUCGAAACAAUGUUUUGCAAAAAUUCUCAUCACAUGAAUAAAGAUGAAAAUUAUUUAAUUUAAAUACAAGCUAAAUGAUGUGAAAACGUGACAUUCAAAAAAGUUUGAAAUGAACAAUCUAAAAACACAAUAACAUCACUUCCUGGUUACUGAUUCGUUUUUCAUGUUUUUCAUUCGCUCAUAAGUUACUGUAAGUGUUGCUUCAGUUGUGAAUAACUGUAGAAAAUUUGUAAGUCUGUGUGGUAAUAACACGCUAAAAAUUACUAGCAUUAAAGGGAAAUUGUGUUCCUACACUUAAUGUAACACUAAGUAGUUUCCAGCUCCUCUGCCCUACUGGUGGAAAGUGGAAUUAAAACUGUCGUAAACAACUCUGCUACAGCCCGCUGUAGCUAACAACUAGCUAAAACUUACAUGGGCCAACUAAUGCUAAAAUAAACCAUGAUGCUAUAAACCACACUGUUGGACAUAAUAAAUUAUUACUAAGAAGUCCAGUAGCAACAAAGCCAGGUCACCACCGGUCUGUGAUUUUGUAGCCUCCUUUAGCUCCCUCAAUCAUGUGUAGGCCGUGCUGAUGUUCAUUCUGGUUUUAGCUCUUUGCUUCUCCUCCAAAGACAUUACUCUCUUACUUUUAUGUCCAGGCUCCAUGAUGAUGCAGACAAAAAUAAAACUUCUUCUUUUUCUUCUUCCUGUGCUUUUUAGUGAUCGUUAAACUCAAAAAGCUAACUGCUAGUAUAACAGCUAACAGCCGUAAAUCAGGGAAAGAGCUCCCCCUAUAGAUCACCUAUCCACUUCACAAAACUGUUAAUUACAGUACCUGGCCAGUAGAGGGCAGCAGAGUGGUGUCAAAUAUGAAACUGGUCAAGAUUCUAACUCAACAAUCACUGAGAUCAAUGUUAAAGCUCUAGCUUAAAGUUAAAAAAACUACCUACUACUUACUUUAACACAGAUAAUACUUUAUACUCUCCCGACAUACUUUACAACUCCUUAAUCCAAACCACGUUGGUAUAAAAGACAUCACCCCUACUUUUCAAGCUCUUUCUUUAUCUCCCGGUCCCACCUUGCAGCAGCAGCCGAUGUAGUCGUGCACAUUAACCACAACUUGGCGGCGUUCAUCAACUUGCGCAAUAGCGAUAGGCCGGUAGAGUCAAAUUCUUAACCGCUGGCUACAUUUCUAUACUUUUUUCCAUAUAGCAUGUAUCUCGCCCAUUACUGCAGUAAUCUCUCUUCAGAGUUUGUUAUUGUUUAAGCCUUUUAAAAAUUGUUUUUGGUGCAUAAAAAUGUGCAUGUUUGAUGGAAGGCUUUAUUAUGCUUUACACUGUUUCAGUGUCCUUUUAUUGCUUCAGCCAUAUUUACAUAGACGGAGACAUGAUUUUGCUCUCCUCAGACUACUGCUUGUCUUUUAUGGUUAGAAUAACAAAAUUUCCCGAGGCGCUACUCCAUGUAGUAACGGCAGCCUGAUAUUUUUUUACACUUAAGUGAGUUCAGACACCUUUAUAACACAGAUAUGUCCAUUGUGUUGUAUUGGAUGUGCCACAUUUUAUUUAGCUCCUGCUGUUUGUGCUUCAUUUAUUCAUUUAUUUCUCUGUAAGACCAAAGAGAAGCUAUCUGUGUUAAACUUCGUUUUUUUAUUUUAGCAUUUUUUUUUUACCUGAAAAGCAUAAAGAUGUUGAAAUGUUUUGUUUUCGUGUUACUUUGUAGCUUCAAAGCCUUCCGUAUAGUUUUAAGGACUAGGAAAUGAAAUGUUGGUGUUCUCCGUGCA